AUGCCCAUUGUUAGUACCGCCAAAGAGUACACCAACAAUAGGGUAAAGAUCUAUCCCUUCGCUUACGUCGACGAUACCUACCUACUCGCCGUCUCCAACAGUUACGGAGACAACUGCAAGGCGCUCAAGGAAUGCCACGACAGGAUCAUGGAAUGGGCCGAUUCCGUCGGCGUUUCUUUCUCGCCUCACAAAUACCACGUCAUGCACUUCUAUCCACCAGGACGCAAGAUUGUCCCCUCGAAACUCAUGCCAAAGAUUCCCGGACUGGAGGGCAAGGAGCCUGAGCACUCGAUGAGAAUCUUGGGCGUCGAGGUCGAGGUCGACUGCCAGCUCCACUGGCAACAACACGUUGAAGAGGUGGCUGCAAAGGCCAACACGAAGAUGAACGACAUCGCACGAAUCUGCAAUACCACUGCAGGCCCCGACGUGAUAUCCCUGAGACAGCUUUACAUCACCACCGUUCGACCGAUUAUAUCACACGGCUGCGGCGCUUGGUUCAUAUACGGGGACAAGAAGAUCGUCCGGUACCAGGUACCGGACAAUGUCUUAAAGUCUCUGACCAGAAUUCAGAACCAAUGCCUGAGGACAGUCACUGGAGCAUUGGGUCGUAGUUCGGGGCGAACAGUCAACAAGGAGGCAUACGUCGAAGACAUCCUUGUCUAUCUGGAUAGGGUCGCGACCUUGCAGAGGGCUCGCGCUCUAGACACUCCAGACCAUGAAAGGCUUCGCAGAAUGCGACAGAUUGGCAAGAUGCCAGCCGAUUUCGAACUUCAUCCAUACCACUCCCUGGACUACCCAGCCAGAUCCCUUUUGGAGAGAGCUAACAAGUCGUGUAGGGACAGGAAAGCUAGCAGCAUGUCGACCAACGUUUUGAGGAAGGCAAUGACGAAGAUUGCCAAGCAGGACGCGGAAGAGAUGUCACGAAGGAUGUGGAACCGACACCUUGAAGAUUGCCAUGAUGACUCUCCGCACUCUCCGAGUUAUCGCAGCGCAGCCCUGAUGGACAAGGCCGGAUGGGGACCUCACAACCUCAAGCGCUACCGCAGCCUAUCUCACGCACAAUAA